AUGGAUAUAAGAAGGGACUACAUUCCAGACAUGGAAGACAGUCAAUGCAAAGGCAUGGGCAUUGGAAAUAGCAUCACAUCGGCUGGCUGCAUAAUGCCCCCAGAUCCAGUCUGCUUUGCUUCACAACUUGGUCUGUCUUCUGCACAGAUGGAGGCAAAAAGAAAAUUCAAGGAACAAGUUGAAUUUGCUGAUGAAUCCAUACAGCAUAAGGCCAUACUGAUAUCUGUGACAGUCUGUAGCUUCCUUCUGAUCCUUCUGAUUCUGUUCUGGUUUUUCAGGUAUACGAGACGAAAAGCAAGACAUCAUCACAGCAUCAGACUGCACCAGGAUGAGAUUUACAUUCCUCCAGAGGAACGCUUGAAAGAUUUCAUUGAACAGUCUCAGAACUCAGGAAGUAGAUUAGGGCUUUCUCCACUGGUCCAAAGGACUAUAGCUAGGCAGGUUGAGAUGGUCCAACAGAUUGGAAAAGGUCGCUAUGGGGAAGUUUGGAUGGCAAAGUGGCGUGGUGAAAAGGUAGCUGUGAAACUGUUCUCCUCCACUGAGGAAGCCAGCUGGUCCAGAGAGAAAGAAAUAUAUCUGACGGUCUUGGUGAGGCAUGAAAAUAUUUUGGGAUUUAUUGCUGGAGACAUCAAAGGCACAGGGUCCUUGACCCAACUCUGCCUAAUCACAGACUACCAUGAGAAUGGGUCCUUAUAUGAUUAUCUGCAGUCUACUACCCUAGAUACCAAAGCAAUGUUAAAGUUGGCCUACUCUUCAGUCAGUGGCCUGUGCCACUUACAUACAGAGAUCUUAAGCACUGAAACAAAACCGGCAAUUGCACAUCGUGAUCUGAAAAGUAAGAACAUCCUGGUGAAGGAAAAUGGAGCAUGCUGUAUCGCUGAUCUGGGAUUGGCCGUUAAGUUUGUCAGCGUCACCAGUAAAAUAGAUGUCCCGGCCAACACUCGAGUGGGCACCAAGCGUUACAUGGCGCCCGAGGUGCUGGAUGAGACUUUGGAUCACAACCACUUCUAUUCCUACAUCGCAGCAGAUAUGUACAGUUUUGGCCUCAUUCUGUGGGAAAUUGCCCGGAGAUGUGUGUCAGGUGGAAUAGUGGAAGAAUACCAGCUUCCCUACUAUGACCUGGUACCCAGUGAUCCCUCCUUUGAAGCUAUGAGGGAGAUCGUGUGCAUCCAAAAACUCCGUCCCUCCGUUCCCGACAGGUGGAAUAGUGAUGAGUGUCUACGGCGGAUGGGGAGGCUCAUGAUAGAAUGCUGGGCCCACAAACCUUCUUGCCGUCUCACAGCCCUUCGGGUUAAAAAAACCCUUGCCAAAAUGUCAGAGUCGCAGGACACACCAAACUCUAAUUGAAGGGAGAAAGGAAACCUCUGGAGAUGGCCAGCACAGGUUUUUCCU